AUGAUCAAUGGUCAGAAUCAGCCGGCUAUAAAGGCGUCAACAGCCGUUACCGAGGCACCGCCCUCGGACGGCCACGGCCAUAACGCCGAACCAGAUCCAACCGUUGAUCUUGAUAUCAACGGAGGGGAUCACGUGGCCAUAAAGGCGCCGCAACUUUUUGCGAUCGCCGAUGCCUCGGCUGGGACGCUGGUGACGUCAUCAACGUCAGACACGGUGGACGUAGCGCCACCUGAGGUCGCUUUAGCCCAGGUCAUGCCGGCCCAGCCCAGCGAGGCUGCGCUGGCUCAGGACGUACAGGCACAGGCCCAGGUGGCCCAGGCCCAGGCCCAAGUGGCCUGGCCCAGGCCCAAGCCCAGGUGA